UCGCCGACCGCACAUUCUUCUCCUAAGCUCUCCUUUCGCCAAAACGACCGAGGUCAGCAUCGUACAUAAUCCCCGGCUUCUCCUCCGCUUGACUCGCUUAUUCCAGUUAUUUCUUGGUGUGUUGCUUGUCUGAUUAACAUGGUUUCUGCUCUGUGGAAGGCUUGUGCGGACGGCGACGUUGCAAAGGUUACGGAACUCCUGAACGAGGGCUCGCAGGCUGAUCUGGAAAUCAAAGAUCAGGCUGGAGUGACACCUCUCAUCGAGGCCGUUAAAAAUGGUCACAUCGAGGUUGUUCGGGUGCUGCUUGACAAGGGUGCCAAUCCCACUAACUCCUCCGCUCAAGGCCCUCCAGAGCAGCAUACCUCAGAUCCAGCCAUCCUGGAACUCCUCUCAGCGGCGAGAAACAAAAUGACGAGCCAGAACACCCCUGCGGAACAAGGCUACCCUCACGAUCCCACUAGCGAGGCUGCGAAGGCUUAUUAUCCCCCUCCCGGCCCCUACUACUACCCCAUGCCACCUCCUAUGAUGCCAGAGGGAGUUGCAUACUACCCUCCGCCUCCACAUCAACCUCACAUGUCUGACAACUCGGGAGUGCCCAACCUUCCCCCUCCGGAGAUUGCGCGCAUGAUUCCCUGCAGGUAUUACCCGGCGUGCCGAUAUGGAACAUCUUGCAUGUUCGCUCAUCCGCAAGGUCCCUACCUGCAAGGCCCGCUUCCUCCUCCGGCCCAGUAUCCCGCUCCUUACGACCCCAUGAAUUCGACACCCUAUCCUUACUACCCUGUACCACCACCUUCUUUCCAGUCGUCUCCCAAUGGCGCGCCUAUGCCCGCCGUUUCGCCUACACUUCCGACCAGCGUUCCCUCUUCCGCGCCUCCCCCGCCGAUGACUCACUCGCGCACCAACUCUGAGCUUCCACUCCCUGUUCAGCCAGGUUACCCUCCCGCUGGUGCACCUAUGCCAUACGGUGUUGUGCCUCCGCCAUACGCUCAUGGUGGUCCCAUGCCCGUUCCCAUGCCACAACACUCGCCGGUGGUCGCUCCUCAUUCACCACAGCAAGCGAUGUACCCGCCAACAUCUCCUGGUGCUAUGAUCCCCGGACCUUCACAGUACCCUCCACAGGGUAUGGUUCCACACCCGUACCCUCCACAGGGUAUUCCCAACGGGCAUCAGCAUGAUCCCACCACAUCACCGAAGUCGCCGUUGCAGCAUACGCAACCUGAUGGCUACAGUUCUGGGCACAGGGAAGGUUACAGGGAAGGUUACAGGGAAGGCUAUGGUCACCAAAGGCGCGGUAGUGCACGGCGUCCGUCGUUUGGUAUCAGCCGCAAGCCUCCGUGUUUGUUCUUCCCUUCCGGCCGGUGCAAGAAUGGGGACGACUGUCGCUUCCCUCAUGUCUUGGAGGGCACAGCCCCGCCUCCCCAGUAUUUCGCUCCUCGCAAUGGACAUCGUCCUAGGCCUUCAUUUCAUGCCAAUGGCGUGAACGGCCUCGAAGACAAGUUCGCAACCUUGUCGACACAAGAUAAUGAGCAAAACCUUGGCCAAUCUACUGCCAAUGGUGUCAACGGUUCUAAUGGCGGCCACAUGAGCAAUGGAUCCAGUCGUUCUCAGUCGACCGACCCUGGCAACCGUGGACGUAACAGCUCAAGUUUCAAGGCUGGUGGAUAUAACAACGGAUAUCGGAACGACAAGAAACACGUUCCUCCUAAACCCCAGCGCGUCCCGAGCGCAGAUGAGUUCCCUGUCCUUGGAGGAACUUCCACACCUCCCUUGCGUAGUCCGGGUUCGGCGUCCGGCUGGACUGGCCUCACCGCUGCUCAAGUCCUCCAGGCGCCGGCUCCGAAGAAGGACAGCCAGCCUGGCACCCGUGGCGCUAGCCCUGCCAACGGCCGUCCCAGCCAAUCUGCCAAGGAUGAACAAAAGACGGAAGGAUCUGGCACCAUUAGUCCUACUCCCUCCGUUAGCAAACUUCCCAUCUCGUUCGCUGCUGUCACCGCGCCGGAAGCGGUGAAAGAGGUUGCUAUCGCAGCAUAAACUCCUCAGCAUUCAGCUCACGGCCCCCGCCAUUUCGCAAUCCCCAUGCCCUCGUGCUUUGUCGUCGCAUCCCUGAUUUUUGCCGAUUUCGGGUUUCAAGGUGUACUUUUGCUGUCUUUCUCUUUUUUAUCUUCGGUCAUGGGUCCAGCGUAUCAUCUGCUGCUCGCUACUGUAUACAUCUCUGGACACUCCGCUCCGCCCUCAUUGCACUCCUCGCUUUUCAUAUCGUCAUGCAUCCUGUGCGCAUUGAUCUUUUCCACCGACAACGUGAAGCAUCUGACGGUUCACUAUUAUAUCAAUCAGCCGUUUAACCUGUCUUGCAAAAUUACAUCGUACCGCACGCUCUGCUACAUCUUCAUCUUCAUCUUCAUCUUCAUCUUCACCUUCAUCUUCACCUCUAUCUU